CGCGGCCGCACAAAAGGCGGCGGGGAGGGCCCGGCCGGGAAGGGCUGCCCGGCCGCCCCGGCCGCCGCACCAUGCCCCGCCGAGGGGGGCUGCCGGCCCCCGCCGCCGCCCGCCGGCCCCCCCCGCUCCUCCUCCUCCGCCUCCUCCUCCUGGCCGCCCCGCUGCAGCCCUGCAGAGGUCUCAAUCUAUGCACCAGUGGAAGUGCCACAUCCUGCGAAGAGUGUCUCCUCAUCCAUCCCAAGUGUGCCUGGUGCUCCAAGGAGGAGUUUGGCAGCACAAAGUCCAUCGCAUCCCGGUGCGACUUCCUGCAGAACCUGAUUGCGAACGGUUGUGCCGGAGCCAUCGAAAACCCCAGCAGCAGCAUCAGCGUGGUGAAGAACAUCCCUCUGAGCAGCAAGGGCUCUGGCCAGACCCACCUGGAUGUCACGCAGAUUAUGCCUCAGAAGGUCGCCUUGAAUCUUCGUCCUGGUGACCAGACCUCCUUCCGAGUUCAGGUUCGGCAAGUGGAGGACUAUCCUGUGGACCUCUACUACCUGAUGGAUCUCUCCCUGUCCAUGAACGAUGACCUGGAUAAUAUCCGCAAUCUGGGGACCAAGCUGGCUGAAGAGAUGCGAAAGCUCACGAGCAAUUUCCGUCUGGGGUUUGGCUCUUUUGUGGACAAAAACAUUUCUCCUUUCUCCUACACAGCACCAAGAUACCAAAACAAUCCCUGCAUUGGUUACAAGCUGUUCCCCAGCUGUGUCCCAUCCUUUGGCUUCCGCCACCUCUUGUCCCUGACGGAUAAAGUUGACCGUUUUAACGAAGAAGUUCAGAAACAGAAGGUUUCCCGCAACCGAGAUGCUCCAGAGGGUGGCUUUGAUGCGAUUUUGCAAGCUGCUGUGUGCAAGGAGAAGAUCGGCUGGCGUAAGGAGGCAUCUCACCUGCUGGUCUUCACAACGGAUGAUGUGCCACACAUAGCCCUGGAUGGGAAGCUGGGGGGGCUGGUGCAGCCCCAUGAUGGCCAGUGCCACCUGAAUGAAGCCAACGAGUACAGUGCGUCCAGCCAGCUGGAUUAUCCUUCCCUGGCGCUUCUUGGGGAGAAACUCGCUGAAAACAACAUCCACCUGAUUUUUGCUGUUACAAAAAGUCAUUAUGUCCUCUACAAGAACUUUACUGCCUUGAUUCCUGGGACAACAGUGGAGAUUUUGCACAAAGAUUCCAAGAAUAUCAUUGAGCUGAUCGUCAAAGCCUACAACAGUAUUCGGUCCAAGGUGGAGCUCACGGUCUGGGACAGCCCUGAGGACAUUGGCUUGACCUUCACUGCCACCUGCCAGGAUGGGUUGUCCUAUCCUGGGCUCAGGAAGUGUGGGGAUCUCAAAAUUGGAGAUACGGUUUCCUUCGAGGUGGCCGUGGAGGCGCGGAGCUGCCCUGCCGAGGACACCUCGCACACCUUCACCAUCAAGCCCGCUGGCUUUCGGGACAUGCUGGAGGUGGCCGUGACCUACAACUGCCGCUGUGGCUGCACCGGCCACGCCGCGCCCGCCAGCGGCAAGUGCAGCGGCAACGGGACCUACGCGUGUGGGCUGUGCGAGUGCGACCCUGGCUACCUGGGGGCCAGGUGCGAGUGCGAGGAGGGGGCCAGCGGGGACAUGCACCAUGCCAUGUGCCGGGAGGCGGAGGGCAAACCCCUGUGCAGCGGGAGAGGGGAGUGCAGCUGCAACCAGUGCCUGUGCUACGAGAGCGAGUUCGGAAACAUCUACGGGCCCUUCUGCGAGUGCGACGACUUCUCCUGCGCCAGGUACAAGGGAGUCCUCUGCUCAGGUCAUGGAGAGUGUCACUGUGGGGAAUGCAAGUGCCACGCUGGUUACAUCGGGGACAACUGCAACUGCUCUACCGAGAUGGACAGCUGUGUUUCCAGUGAUGGCCAGAUGUGCAGCGGCAGGGGCGCCUGCGUCUGUGGGAAGUGUCAGUGCACCGAGCCAGGGGCUUUUGGAGAAACGUGUGAGAAGUGUCCCACCUGCCCAGGUGUCUGUAGCACUAAAAGGGACUGCAUUGAAUGCAAGCUGUUUAACUCAGGAAGACUGGCUGAUAACCAAACCUGCCAAAAGCACUGCAAGGACGAGAUCAUCACCACUGUGGAUGUUCUCGAAACGGAUGACCCGAGCGCGAUCCUCUGCGCCUACCCGGUGAACAACUGCGUCAUGAAGUUCACCUACUUGGAGCUUCCCAGUGGGAAAUCCAACCUCACCGUCCUCAAAGAGCCAGCCUGCAGCUCAGCCCCCAGCGCUGUGACGAUCGUGCUGGCAGUGAUUGGCAGUGUGGUGCUGAUUGGCAUCAUCUUGCUGGCACUCUGGAAGCUGCUCGUCACUAUUCACGACAGACGGGAGUUCGACCGAUUCCAGAGCGAACGCUCCCGGGCCAGAUAUGAAAUGGCAUCCAACCCUCUCUACCGAAAGCCAAUUUCCACACAUAACGUAGAGUUCACGUUCAACAAGCUCAAUAAGUCUUACAACGGUACAGUUGACUGAUGAGGUCUGAGUGCCUGGCACUGCUGUGGACAAUUGCUUGACUGUAUGUGCUGCUUCCCCACUUGAAGAUGGGAUCCUCUUCAGGUAUGAGAAUCCCUUACGACAGGACUGGUCGAUGACCAAAGCCUGUUAUUUGCACAGUAAGGAGAAAGGUCUGGUUCAUUCUGGAGGCAUGGACGUGGAGGCAGGCUCCCUGCCUGUGCUGAUGGACUCUGAGCCGUGUGUGACUCCAUACCCCAGCUUUCUGGAUUUAUUAAACCUGCCAACUAAGUCAACCAGGUGCCAUAUUGCAGCUUUAGACAUAUCCCGUUAGAAGGGGUGACUAGAUCAAAAAUCACGGGAACCCACGCCAUCACAAGUUCUUAGGGGGGAAUUAGCUUAAAAAGAGGAAGGUGUUGGAAGAAUUUGUGUAAGAAAUUAGGAUACAAAUGUUCUGCAGUUUUUAGGAUUUUUUUUUUAUAUAAAAAACAAAAUAAAACUAUUGUGCAUAUAUGACGGCUGUGAGGAGAGUUCAUUGUUUCCUUGCUGAGCCCCCCACGAAAAAUGGGGCUUGCUACUGCAAGCAGGAGUGGUACUGCCUGAUUGAUUUAUUAAUAGAGCCUUAUCAGUCAAAGCAUAGCUAUAAAAAUAGGAGGUGGAGUCACAGGGACUGCUGCGGAAGUUAUGUUGAUUUAAUACCCUGGUGUUGACCCAGGAUGGGGAGUGCUUCAAGGAGCUCCUGCUCUGAGCUGGUGGUGUUAAACAGAUGGGAAACUGGUGGGAGCUCAAGGGAAAUGGGAGUUUAGGCUGAGGAAACUAAAUUAAACACCCAUCCCUUGGAGUGUGCAAGCAGGCAUCCGGCCUGGGUGCCUGCAGGAGGGCAACUGGGAGCACACAGCAGCUCAUCCAGACCUCAGACUUUUUACCAGAAGACUAUUGCUGUGGGGUCCAGUGGAGCCCAGCUGGAAAAGCAAGAGAGCCCUGAGCUUUUGGUUGGAAAGGGAGCUGAAUAAAACACAGUGUUUUUGCUUUACAGCAUA